GACCUAAAAAUAAAACUCUCCAAAACCCUACACAUUACACUAACCCUCACGCACGCUUCCUCUCUCUCUAUCUCUCUCUCCCUCCUUUACCGCCACUCUAAUUUCAAUCAAUGGCGAAACCCUCACUCGAUGAGGAAACAACCAAGAAAGUUAUACGACAGGUCGAGUUUUACUUCAGCGAUAGCAAUCUUCCCAGGGAUGAUUUCUUGAGAAAAACGGUUACUGAAAGUGAAGAUGGAAUGGUUAGUUUGGCUUUGAUUUGUUCCUUUAAUAGGAUGCGAAAGCAUCUUAAUUUGGGUGAUGUUAAGGCCGAUGACGUGAAGGAAGACACUGUCAAAGCUGUUGCUGAAGUUUUGAAAAAUGCAGCUUCACUCAAGAUCUCAGAAGAUGGGAAAAAAGUUGGCAGGAUUACUGAACUUCCCAAACCAGAAGAGGUAAUUGAGCAGGUUGAGAUCAGAACAAUUGCUGCAUCACCAUUUGAAUAUAAUGUGAAGCUUGAAGAAGUGGAGUCAUUCUUUGGUCAACUUGCCAAGAUCAACAGUGUUAGAUUGCCACGUCAUGUUGGAGACAAAAGAUUCUUCUGUGGUACUGCUCUUAUUGAGUUCUCAUCAGAUGAAGAAAUGCAAAAUGUUUUGAAGCAAAAAUUGGUGUAUGCGGGUGCUGAGCUAGAAUUAAAGCCAAAGAAGGACUUUGAUGCAGAAAGAGAAAAAGAUUUAGAAAAGCAUGAAAAAUGUCGUAAAUCUGUGGAUGCAAGUCACGAGGAUAACACAAAUACAGAACCAAGCUACCCUAAAGGUUUACUUAUAGCUUUCAAACUAAAGAGCAAUUCAGCUGAAGUUCCUUCAGAAAAGAAUAGCACUGAUGAACAAGCCAAUGGCACUAAUGGUGUCACCAAGACAGAUCAACAAAAUCCCUCCGAAGUUGCUGCCGAGGAAAGUGAUCAAAAGAUGUCAGAAAAUGACGAUAAUGAUAAUGAUAAAGAAAACAAUGGGGUGAAUGAAGGAAAGGAAGCUGAAGUUGAAGAAAAGGUGCAGGAAAACAAUGGUGUGAAAGAAAUAAAGGAGACUGAAGCUGAAGAAAAGGACCAAGAAAACAACGGGGUGACUGAAGGUGAAGAAAAGAGCAAGGAAUCUGAGGUAAAACGUUCAGCUGCUUCUUACAAGGACAACUCAGAUGUUGUCUUACGUGAGGAUUUGAAGGUUGUCUUUGAGAAGUUUGGUGAUGUUAAGUACAUAGAUUUCGUUAUGGGAGCUGAGUCAGGAUUUAUUCGGUUUGAUGAACCUGAAGCCGCUCAGAAAGCACGUGCUGCUGCAGUUUUGUCUGAAAAGGGAGGCUUAGUUGUGAAGAAUUAUAUUGCUGUUCUAGAUCCAGUGACAGGUGAGGCUGAAAGAGAAUACUGGAGCCUGCUCCGUGGUAAUCAAGAAAAGCGCAGAGAAGACAUGAAUAACCGUGGAAGGGGAGGAAGGCAUGGUGGUAGAGGAGGGAAACAUUCGCGGCAUAGAGAUAAUGAUUUCGGAGGAGGUCGCCAAAAUAAAUUUAGAAAGUAUUAACUGCAUUCAGGGUUUAUUUAUGACAUCAGUUUAGAGAUCAAAAGGUAGUAGCUGCGUCAAGGGUUGGCCCUGAUUUUGUUCUCAGCUACUUUCAGAUUUGAUGGUUACUUGUAGCACAUAAUUGUUAUUCAGUUGCAAUUUGCCCUACCUUCAUGUUUUUAUUGCAUACCUUUUUAUUAGUUAACUUCUUGACAUGUAAAACAUUUAUUAUAUAGUACUUCAUUGUGGUUUUUAUUUUGAAUUAAUCUCGGUAAACUAACGGUGAUGUAGAUUAUUUAAUUUCGACGAGGUU